CAGCGCGGGGUUAGCACAGAGGUGAGGCCCCUCCGCUGGGCAGGACAGCCACAGAGGCCCCACAGACAAGGAACUUGUGCAUGUGACUACCUCCGGCCACCAGGCUGAGCACAAGGGGCUGGGUGAGGAGAGGUGACCUCCAGGCUGGCUCAGUCCCACCUAAGGUCAGCUUGCGAUGGGCACUUACUGCGAAGCUUUCUGUAUAGGGGGCCUGGCACUGGGGGGGCUCCUGCUCCUGCUCCUCCUCAUCCUGGCCAUCUGCCUGUGCCGGCUGAAGCAGAGAGUGAGGAAGCUGGAGAGCAGCGGGGAGCAGGAGCUGCACUAUGCCUCCCUGAGGCACCUGUCGCAGGCGGCCUGCAGCGGGGGCGGCAGUCACAGGGACGCCGAGAAGGAGGACGCCAGCACCGACUAUGCCUGCAUUGCUGAGAAAAGGCCCACCUGAGCGCCGGGAUGCCCCUCGACCCUGGGUGGUCAGGGUCGCCCCGGGCUCCCCAGUAAAGACCGAGAUCUUGCCA